AAGGUGCAAAGUAACAUUCCCUGUUUUUAACACUUAAAUUCCAAUUCCCUGUGUUUAACAGUUAAGCUCAAGAUACAAAAAUAUAACAUUUUAUCAAAAAUCGUAAAUGUCAAUAUAUUAUUAUCAAUGAUUGUGAUAUGUGCUUUAUGAUUUAAAUGAAUCCCCUACUGACUCCUUAUGCGAACUGCAGUCGUACCCAGCAUGCACAGCAGAGCUAUUAGCGCUUAGCUGAACAAGUGUAGACAGAAGACAACAACAACAGCAUGAUCCCAGCCAAACGCCAGGCUGAUGGACUAGGCCAGCUAUGGACCCCGAUAACGAGUAUCAGUACAUGGCGACAAAAGUGUGGCUCUUGCUGACUAGUCAUCUGGCUCGAUGAGGAGGUUGAUUUUAUUGCUAAACGUCCACUAAGGUGCUCAUUGUUUCUCAAGUGUUUUAAAAUAUACUGCUGCUAAAUAUCUCGAGUCUAUGUGCGAGUGUCUUCCGGCGGGAGCAGCAGCAGCAGCGGUGCCAUGAACAGUGGACUCCCAGCUUCAGCUGCUCCGCUCGGGGGUGUCGGAAUACCCGGUGUGAAAGUAAAAUUCUGCCGUUAUUAUGCGAAAGACAAGACUUGUUUUUACGGAGAUGAAUGCCAGUUUCUGCACGAGGACCCGUCCAUGGCGAGCCUUUCUCUGCACGGUGGUGGUACAGGUGCUGGCGGCGGAGGAGGAAGCCCCGUCUCUUUAUCUCUCGCCGGAGGAGCAGUGACGGCGGCGGGAUACGUGCUCGGAAAUAGCGCGGCCAGCGGUGCUCCGGCAAACGUUCCCAAAAAGAACGAUUCUCUCGGUCCCGCGGGAACAGCUCCGGAGGGACAUCUGUUGUCCAUCCCUGGGAUGGAGGGAGGUGCUCUGAAUGAUGCCAGUCUGACCAACUCGUACUUCAGCAGCACCUUUAUUGGGGUCAAUGGGUUUGGAGGCCCAGCAGAGUCCAAAUAUUCAAUGAUGCAGAGGAUGACCAGCAGUAGCAGUUCUCCGAGUCUGCUGAAUGAUGGUGCCAAGAGCUUCAGCCACAGCACACAUGAUCCAGUAAAUUCCCCAACAUCAUCACUCUUCAGUGAUUUUGGUGCUUUGAGCAUAUCACAAAGGAGAAAGGCUCCUAACCCCACAGCCAGUGAGUUUGUCCCUAAAGGGGCCCCACGGAUGGCCUCCAUGUCUCAGACGACCGUGCCAGCAUUCACCUCCCCCAUCUUCCCUCAUCCUGGCUUGAGCAGCUCCACUGCGGCUGCUCUUGCACCUGGUAUGUCGCUCUCUGCUGGGUCUUCUCCUCUUCACUCCCCCAAAAUCACCCCUCACACGUCCCCAGCCCCGCGGCGGCGCAGUCACACGCCCAACCCCAACCCCAACCCCAACCCCAACCCAGCCAAUUACAUGGUGCCCACCACUGCGUCUGACCAGGGAGGCGGAGCCCACGUGAUUCAAAAGGAGACCGUGGGCGGUACUACCUACUUCUAUACCGACAACACCCCUGCUCCCUUGGCUGGAAUGGUGUUCCCAACAUAUCACAUGUAUCCGCAAACGGCACCUCAUGUGGCAUACAUGCAGCCAAAAGCCAAUGCACCAUCCUUCUUUAUGGCUGACGAACUCAGACAGGAGCUGAUUAACAGGCAUUUGAUAACGAUGGCACAGAUAGAUCAGUCUGAGAACCCUGGAGUGCCAUCUGAGGUAGACAGUUACCACAGCCUCUUUCCCCUGGAACCCCUUCCCCCACCAAACCGUCUUCAGAAAACCAGCAACUUCAGUUACAUCACUUCCUGUUACAAGGCAGUCAACAGCAAAGAUGACCUGCCUUACUGCCUCAGGAGGAUACAUGGCUUCAGGCUGGUCAACACCAAGUGUAUGAUGCUGGUAGACAUGUGGAAGAAGAUUCAGCACUCUAAUACUGUGACCCUCCGAGAGGUCUUCACCACCAAAGCAUUUGGAGACCACUCACUGGUAUUUUCCUAUGACUUCCAUGCGGGGGCGGAGACCAUGUUCAGCAGGCACUUCAACGAUCCGGCAGCAGAUUCUUACUUCACAAAGAGAAAGUGGGGGCAGCAUGAGCUCCCUCCUCCACGGCAACAUGCGGGCCUGUUACCAGAGUCGCUAAUUUGGGCCUACAUUGUCCAGCUGAGCUCGGCACUUCGCACCAUUCACACGGCUGGGCUGGCCUGCAGGGUCAUGGACCCUAGUAAGAUCCUCAUCACUGGAAAGACACGGUUACGAGUCAACUGUGUAGGAUUGUUUGAUGUCUUAACAUUUGACAAUAGUCAGACCAACCACCUGGCGCUGAUGCCCCAGUACCAGCAAGCAGAUCUCAUCUCCCUGGGGAAGGUGGUGUUGGCUCUGGCGUGUAACUCUCUAGCUGGCAUUAAGAGAGAAAAUUUGCAGAAGGCCAUGGAGCUGGUGUCAAUCAACUACUCUUCUGACCUCAAGAACCUCAUUCUGUACCUGCUCUCAGAACAAAGCCGUCUGCGCAGCGUCAAUGACAUUAUGCCCAUGAUUGGAGCACGAUUUUACACUCAACUCGAUGCCUCGCAAAUGAGAAAUGAUGUCAUUGAGGAGGACCUGGCCAAGGAGGUUCAAAAUGGGCGAUUGUUCCGCCUACUGGCAAAACUGGGAACGAUCAACGAGAGACCGGAGUUCCAGAAGGACCCGACGUGGUCUGAGACUGGUGAUCGUUACCUGCUGAAGCUCUUCAGAGAUCACCUGUUCCACCAGGUAACUGAGGCAGGCACACCCUGGAUCGACCUCAGCCACAUCGUGUCCUGUCUCAAUAAGUUGGAUGCUGGAGUACCGGAGAAGAUCAGUCUGGUGUCGCGGGAUGAGAAGAGCGUGCUCGUGGUGACUUACUCAGACCUGAAGCGCUGCUUUGAGAGCACCUUCCAGGAACUGCUUGCCGCCACGAACGGCCCCCUGUAACCCCCAGCCAUCCACAAGAGUGGGCUGGAACUGCCUGAAACAGAGCACAUUGCACUACAGCCUGGAACCAUAGGUGCAGAAUGAUGAUCUCACGACCAGGGCAGAGCCAGCUGGUUGCUCACCUCCAGUCAGAUACACUGUUCUGUCCAGAGAAAGUUGUUUUCUAAAGCUUAUUUUUUUAGUUUUCACAACAACACCGCAGCUACAGAAUUAUGAACUGAACUGAGAGCUGUGAUAACGAUGAAUUCUUUUUUUUUUUUUUUUUUUUUUAGACUUGGGAACAAUGUCCAAAAAAUAAGAGACUUUACUUCCUGCUUUUAUUUUAAAUUUUUUUUUUUCUUUGGAGGAUGCACUAAACAUUUUAAGUUCCUUUUUAAGUGAUUGUGCGUGUCCCACAGGGUGCGUUGAGGGCCGGGGCCUCACACAUGAAAUGGAAGAAAAACAGAGCGCCGUUUUUUUUCCACAUCAUCUCCUCACGCGUUUUUAAUGAGGUACUACGAUUUGGGACAGACCACUGGUCAUGUGAUCAGAGUCCUCGGCUCUGAUGGGACAAACCAUUGGGUUGGGCAAACUGAUGAGACUGACCACUUAUGAAUGUGUGGCAUUAGUAGUAAUGUGCCGCCACUCCUCGUCUGCUGUAUUGACUCAUUUAAAAGUUGGCCAACUUGGAGGCGGGAGGGGAAGUUACUGGUUGCGUGCAGUCGAGGGGGGAUUCCAUGACAAAGGGGUGCUCUCUCCUCUUGCUGUGUAAACUUGUCGUUUAUUUCAGAAUUUCGCAACAUCCUUUUUCAUUUUACGGAUGCUUUUUGAAAUCAGAUUUUGAGAGGAUGCAUUUUCGUUGUCGUUUCUGUUGUUUUUUUUUAGUCAGGCUCUUGUGAUAGGAACCAAAGAACUGGACCACGCUAGCAAGGGAAACCAGUUCUGUCUCAUUGUGGAAUGUCCUCUUAUGCCUCUGUUGUGGAGCAUCCCAAGUUUCUGUCCAUUUCGUCAUUCUUUUUCCUAAUUCGUUCUUAUUUUCCCGCUCUCCACGCUAGUAUUGGUUUGGAUAUAGUGAAUCUCAGUAUAGAGCUCUCUUGUGUUGUUACUGUCAUUCCCUUUCCUCACCAAGUUGUUGUACAGAGAUGCAUGAUGGGAUGUUUCUCACUUCACUAGUGUGAUCUCUGUGGACCAGUCCCAGCAGGACGGUUGGGAUUGUAUUGGUUUCUCUUGGUUUCGUUUUUGUUUAACUAUGAUUUGACCUAUGAAUUAUGUGACAACAUCCGGAAAACAGUUUGGAAUUCGCUCAGGUUGAUCCCUGACAGGAAUAUGCCAAUGACUGAAUGUGUCUGACCUGUCAUUGGUGACUGCCCAAUCCGUGAGUCAAAGAAAAGGCAGGACUUGCAGCACAGAUUUGGGUGUGCCACACUGGACCGAGAGGGUGCAGGAUACAGCAGGCAGAGCUGAGGAUGCUGCAAGUUCAAUAAUGUACUUUUCCCCUCUUCUUUUUUGUUUGUCGACUGAUACUUGGUGGACAUGGUGCCAAGCCCGUAUCCCUCUCCGAAUCUCUCACUCACACACACACACACACACACUCACACACACUCACACUCUCACACUCUCUCACACACACACACACACACACACACACACACACACACACACACACACACACACACACACACAUACACAUACACACACACAUACA